AAAUACGUCAAACUUUACUGCAAUCACAACAAUCGGAAAACAGAAAAAGUUAUUUACGAGUGACUCAUCUAUCUUUUAUGCAAAUUCAAAACGGGGAACGAAAUGUCUAUGUCAGCGAUGGAAAAACAUUUGUUCAACCUCAAAUUUGCCGUCAAGGACUUGGAGCGAAACGCAAAAAAGUGCGAGAAGGAGGAGAAGGUAGAGAUCCUGAAAACGAAAAAGGCCAUCCAGAAAGGUAACACGGAAGUGGCAAGGAUACAUGCCGAGAAUGCCAUUCGACAGAAGAACCAAUCGCUGAAUUAUCUCCGGAUGAGUGCACGGGUAGAUGCAGUGGCCAGCCGUGUCCAGACGGCUUUGACCACCCGCCAGGUGACCAACUCGAUGGCAGGAGUCGUCAAGGCUAUGGACGCAGCUAUGAAGGGUAUGAACCUGGAGAAAAUCUCCGGUUUGAUGGAUAAAUUCGAAUCGCAGUUUGAGGAUCUGGACGUUCAGAGUUCCUACAUGGAAAACACGAUGUCCCAGACGACGACCACAUCGGUACCGCAAAACGACGUCGAAUCAUUGAUGCAACGGGUAGCUGACGAAGCGGGUCUGGAGUUGAAUAUGGAACUUCCCAGCGGGCCGGCAUCCACUGCCAUCGGGGCAUCUACACAGGCAUCCACUGAGCAAGAUGAACUCACGGCUCGUCUUGCACGACUACGACAGGCUGAAUAAAACACUAAGUAGAUUAUUUAUAAUACCUUUGCUAUUGAUGUUAAUAAAUAGGGAAAGUUGUGUAUGCUUGGCAGUUUUGUUCUCUUCGAUUUAAAGAAUUUUGAAGCUAAAUCGUUUGAAAUUAGGCGGGAAGAUGCACUUUAAUGAUGCAAUUUUUAAUCCAGAAGGUCGUCCCUUUUGAAGACUUUUGACGAAGAUAACAAAACGGCCGAAAAAACUACAAUUCACCCUCUUUGAAUCUGAUUCAAUUCAGUAAAAUAUAAGUUCAAUGCUGCA